UGCAAAGACUUGUAUAAUUGCACUGAGAUAUUUGUCGUCCAAAUCUUCGAUUUAAAGUUGUUUUCUCCCUUAUUAUAAACUUGUACAGCUGCAAAAAAUACUUGUGAGUCUUUGACAGAGUGGAUAUCUACCUUCUGAAACCUUUUAUAAAGAACAACGACCGAAGAUUUUGUCCGGAUACGAGACGGAAAAUACGAACUUUCAAAACAAUCAUUAGCUGUAACUUUUGAUUCUCAUCAUUAAAGAAACCUACCCAAGCUAGUAUGGACAACAAGAGCUUUCGUUUUCAUUACUGUCGAGUUUUUGUCAUGAUAUUACUUGUUAUUCCUCCGCUGAGAGCUAACUUCUCACCAGCAGAAAGCUGCUUAGCGGUAUCCAAAACAAUCUUCAACAACCCAGACCCGCAUAAACUUAUCAAAGACCCAAAGUUCAUCUUAGAUCUUUUUGAUUGUGUACUACUUGUUAACAAAGCUCUGAAGGACAGCGAGUGGAAAGGAGCUUUCUCAAUUCCGGAGAAUGUAGCCGACUUUCUCAUAAAGCACGGGAAGAGCAAUCUUGUGUUAAUGAUGGUUAAUGUGAUGUACAAGAGCAUCGAGCUCAAUGUAAUGGCGUCCGACAUAGAAAGAGAUUAUGAGCUUGAUGACCAUGAUUUCAAUGUGCUCUACGAAAAUUUAAACACAAUGAUGAAUUAUUGGAGUAAAGUAAUUCUUACCUUUGAGAAAUUGAUAACACAAGAAAUGGAAACAGGCGAGUCCCAAAGCAACGCGCUUCAAAUUUUCAAUUGGGAAAAGGUAAAUGACAGUGCCAAGAAAAAGUUCAAAAAUAUCCUUAAGGAAUUGAGCAACCUUUCAGAUGACACGAUUAAGGAAUUAUUGAUAACUAUCAAUGAAAAGAUCAAAAAAAUCCAAUCCUACAUGACAUGGGGUUUGGCAUAUCGCUCUGGCGCUGCUGCCUUAUGUGUUGGUUCGAUCUUCAUCCUUAAUCCUGCAGGCUGUGGAAUGUUCUGUGCUGGCAGUGGUGGCGCAAUUGUCGUUAACUAUCAUACUUAUCAGAAACUUGCCAAAAUCAAUAAGAAAUGUGAAACACUUUUCAAAAAAGCGGAAAAAUUGCAUUUAGAAAUUAUAAGAUACCAGGAAAAAGUCGAGUAUGGAGUUUAGGAAUAUUUCCACGCAGUUACUUACAGUUUCAGUCGAUUUUGUUUAUUGAUUUUAUCUUAUUUUUGUUUUGUUAAAUGAAAAUUUGUUUUAAAAGAUUUUAAGAAAUUUUGCGUUACUUUUUCUAAUUUUGAGCGUCAUUCUUCUAAGUACGAGUUAUAUCGCAUAUAAAUUGUUUUGAAUUCAAAACGUUGUUAAUCUUUUAGCAUACUUAAAAUUUCCGGCUCAAAGUGAAAAAAUGCAGUUUAAGAGCUUUUGGACGUACCAGAAUGUUUUUAGUAUGUGAAGAAUUUCAGUCGCAAUGGUUCCAUCAAGCUAUUUUUGAAAAUAUUUUAUUGAAUAAGGGAAGCACUUUUUAAGAUAUUUCUAUAAGAAGUAAAAGAUGGAUUGCCGUGCAACAAUCGGUGAAAUAAAGCACGGGGGGAUGUUUGGAGAACACGAAAGAACCCAAGAAAAUCACAGGCGCAGUGGGCGAUUUUGCGUUGUUGAAUCUCUCCCAUUAUUCACGCGUGCUUUAUUUCACCAAUAAACGCAAAGCAAUCCAUCCUUUAUUGCUUCUAUGGUAUAGAAAGUUAGUUUGCUCGCGAGCUUGCGUUAGGGACGGUCCAUUUAACUUUUGAGGGGAAGGAUAGAUGAUUUUGAAAAAAAAAAUCCUGUAAGCCAUCUUCGCCAAAAAUAAAAAUCGUGCACAACAUAUGGACAUGAAAAAAAAACUUGCACCACCCUAAGCCAAAAAAAAAAAUGUUACAUACAAGAAUAAAGUUAAAUGGACCUCAAAAGUUAAAUGGACCGUCCCUUAGUACCGGGAUCGACGAAAGAAAUCACAAUCUUGGACCAAUCAGAGCGUUCGAACAAUUACAUCUAUAUUGUAAAUUAAAUUAAUUGAUAAGAGUGCAGACACUAAAAGCAUGAAAACAUGUAGUAAUGACUUGCUAAAUUGUACUGAAUUUCUUUGUUUCCAGUAUUGUCUAAUCUGCAAAAUCUAAAACAUAUAGUGCUGUCUGUAAGGAAUAUUUUUUAAGUACUUUUUGAUUUUUUUUAGUUUUUGAGCCCUGAAGCAUUUAGAGUGAAGUAAAUAUGGCUAUCAAAUUGACAGAAAAGAAAUCACUGACAGUUAGAAAGUAUUAUGCAUGGUGUAUGUCUAUUUCACGGGGUUUGUGACUUCUAUUGCGCAAUAUAUCAAUUACUUAGAGUGAGAGCCUUAAAACCGUGAAACACAAUUUGAAUAUUUGCUAGUUACUAAGAUGUAUUAGUGCAAUAUCUAUUUUUUUUACUUUACUCUAGUUCUUUUCAUGAUUCACUUAAGUUAAUGAUUGUUAGCUAUUUAAUUAAUAGUUAAUUAAUAAUUAAUUCUAUUAAAUUGGUUUAAAAUAUA